GCGAAAGCAUUGCAAGAUUGAUUCCUUGCACAGAUAUAUAUAAGGUUCACGGUUAAGGCACGAGUCCCAACAUCGUGCCCCUCCUUUCUCCCAUUCGAACACCAUUUAACUUGAAGCAUUGUAUCGUCUACAAGACAUUUCUUAUCUCCUCCUUGCCUUUCAGACUCAGCGCCACAGCAACUAUCACAGAUUAUAUUCAAUACACACACACAUACAUACCAUCUCAAUCAUGCGUGCGAUUGUUGUAAAGUCGUGGGACGCCCCUCCCGCCUUCUCAGCAGACCACCCUGACCCGUCCACCUCCGACCCAGAGAAAGUCACCAUCAAAGUUCUAGCUGCUGGCCUCCAUCAACUUGUCCGCUCGCAAGCCGCUGGCCAACACUACAGCAGCAAGAACGCGGGGCUUCCAUACGUGCCCGGUGCCGAUGGUGUAGGCACGACGCCCGACGGAAAGACCGUGUACUUCAGCAGCAUUGCCAUGGGCGGCGGCUUUGCAGAGUACGUCACGGUGCCCAAAGCCGCCGUGGUGCCGGUCCCGGAGGGCGCCGACCCGGUCCAGGUUGCGGGCCUGGUCAAUCCGGGCAUGAGUUCGUGGAUGGCACUGGCCGCCCGAGUCGACAACAUCCCCCCCAACUUCACCGUCGUCAUCGUCGGCGUGACGGCAAUCUCGGGCAAAGUCGCCGUCGAAUUCGUCCGCGAAAGGGGUGCCGGCAAGGUGAUUGGUGUGGCGCGCAACGCCAAAGAAAUGGAGGCGCUCAAGCUCGACCAGAGCAUCGUGUUGGCAAGUAAUCCCGCCGAAACGGAUUUCUCGGCCCUGGGCGAUGUCGAUGUCAUACUCGACUAUCUCUAUGGUCCUGUCAUCCCCGCCCUCUUCACCGCCCUCAGCUCGAAGGCGCCGACACAGUACGUCCAGAUUGGAUCUGUGGCCGGUCUGGACACCGCUCUGCCGGCUGCACUCUUGCGGUCAAAGAACAUCACAAUGAGGGGUGCAGGACCCGGUGCCUGGUCAAUGCCGCACUUCGCCAAAGAAUUGCCGGGUCUGCUGGCUGCGGUGGCCAGAUUGCCAAAGAUGGAUCUCAAGGUGAGGAAGCUAGAAGAUGCCGCAGACGCUUGGACGGCGAAGAAAGACAGGACAGUCUUUGUCCCGUGACUCUCUGUAGAGCUAGGGAAACAUUUGAUAGCCAAGAUUUAGUAAAUACUGCACUGGUGGCCACGACUCUUUUUGGUAUCAACAGUGUACGCGUCAUAACCCGAGCUCAAUCUCAACCCAGAGACAUUUCACAGUGUUUGUCUCGAGAAGGCCCAUUUCACUCUCUGUCCGAAAGCUCACGUUUUCCAGCCUGGCAUGGACGGCCAAUUCGUCCCUCUGUACAUUUCUUCGUCGUUCUUUCGCCCUCCAACCACUGUCCUGACUGCCACUACGAGUGUCUGGACUUCGCCAGCCAAGAUUCCACUUACCCGUCUCGCCCGUUGGAUCGUGGUCAGCCCCCGGGCUUUCGAAAGCUCGCUUAAGCCAUGACUUGGGUUUCGGUCGUUGAGGCAGCGGAGCUGUAGGU